CUUCUCAUCCCGAGCGCUCUCUCUGUGUAAUGUUGCUUCCUCUUUAUCACCACCACCUUUCAUUUUCUUCAAGAACCCUAGAUUCAUUCCCACUGUUCUUACCUUCACCUUCUCUUAAAUCUGUAUUAUUCCAAAACACUAAACCUCACAAAUGCAUAAUUCGAAGCUCUUCAGUCGAUGCCGAAACCCUAAGUAAGUCUGCAUUCGAAAGAAUUGCAGAAAAGCUCCGUAGUCUCGGUUACUUGGAGGAGGAUUCAAAAGAAAGCGAACGGCCCAAUAACGUCCAUGGCUCCGCAGGUGAGAUAUUCAUACCUUUACCUCACCAACUGUCCAAAUACAGAGUCGGUCACACGCUCGAUUCGAGCUGGAGCACUCCAGAGAACUCAGUUCCGGAGCCGGGGUCAGGAGCGGCAUUAUCGAGAUUUCGUAAGUUUAAGAGUAAGGUACAGAAGCAAAAGAAGUCAGCUAAGGAAGAGGAGAGAGAACCUACGUUGGCAGAACUUACGAUUCCAGGCCGUGAAUUGAGGAGGCUUAGGACUCUUGGGAUUGCUUUGAAGAAGAGGUUGAAGGUUGGGAAGGCGGGAAUCACAGAGGGCAUUGUUAAUGGAAUUCAUGAGCGAUGGAGGCGGUCUGAGCUUGUGAAGAUCAACUGCGAGGAUAUAUGCAAGAUGAACAUGAAGAGAACUCAUGAAAUCCUGGAGAGAAAAACAGGAGGGAUGGUUAUAUGGAGGUCUGGAGGUACCAUCAUCUUAUAUAGAGGGGCUGAUUAUAAAUAUCCUUACUUCAUAUCCGAUACUAAUUUAACAAGUGAAACUCCUCAAAAUGGGGUGUCUUCAGACUCGAGCUUGAAUUCUGAUAUUGAUGGUGGGAAACCUACUAGAUCAUUUUGCACCCUUGGUGCAAACUCUUGUCGACCAGGUCCUUCUAAUAGGAUUUGUCCCUCACCGUUGAUACAUGGAGUUGGUUCUCCAGAUAAAGUACGAUUCCAACUGCCAGGUGAGAUGAAACUUGCAGAAGAAGCUGACCGCCUAUUGGAUGGGCUAGGUCCACGUUUUACUGAUUGGUGGGGAUAUGAUCCAAUGCCUGUGGAUGCUGAUCUUUUACCAGGGAUUGUUCCUGGAUACCGGAGACCGCCCCGUCUUCUCCCCUAUGGGAUAAAGCCUAAAUUAACAAAUGAUGAAAUGACCAUUCUAAAGAGACUCAGUCGGCCCUUGCUGUGCCAUUUUGCAGCAGGGAGAGAUAGGAAUCUGCAAGGAUUGGCCGAGUCCAUGGUUAAGCUAUGGGAAAAGUGCGAGAUUGCAAAGAUUGGAAUUAAGAGAGGAGUCCAGAAUAUUAACAGUGAAAUGAUGGCCGAAGAGUUAAAGCGACUAACUGGAGGAAUGCUCCUCUCAAGGGAUAGGGAAUUUAUUGUCUUUUACAGAGGAAAGGAUUUUUUGCCAGUGGCAGUUUCUUCUGCACUAAAUGAGAGGAGGAAGCAUGGAAUAGACAAAGAGAUGAUGGAUGGUAGUUCAUCAAUUGAUUCUGUGUCUGAACCUGUUGUAAAGAAUUCAGAGUCUGUUUCUGUAGAUGAAAUUAUAGAAACAAAUGACAGAAGGGAAAGGGAAGCUCUCUCUAAAAAUUGCAAAGUGAGGCCAACAAAAUCAGCUACUGAACUCAUUAACACCAAGCUGUCUGUGGCAUUAGAGAAGAAGGCCAAGGUGGAGAAGCUUCAAGAAGACCUAGAGAAAGCAGUUGAGCACCAGAAACCAGAAGUAGAUAAGGAAGGUAUCACUGAAGAAGAAAGAUACAUGCUAAAUAAGGUUGGCCUGAGAAUGAAGCCUUUUGUACUGUUGGGUGAGUUAUGUGAUCUGUUGAAGUAUUGUUGAACUUAAAGCAGCUGGGUUAGU